UGCAAUCAUCAAGUUUCCAAAAAAUAAUUUACAUUUAUAUCCUGCAGUUUUAACAUUUCUGUAUAUCUAUUAAUUAAUGUUACACAUUAAAAUAAUAACAUUGAUACGAAACAUUUUUUUUUUUAAAUAAAAAAGGAUAUGAAUAAAUAUUUCGAGUGUUCAAAUUGAAAAGCAUAUCGUGGCAACAACGUAGUUUCCGUUAACAAGUAUAAAAGUUCUAAAAUGACGUCGCAUAGUCGUGUUAAUAGAUCUCAGUAAUCUACGCGAACGUAAGCGUACGUAAACUAUGAGAUGAAGGGCAUCUGCCUUUAGUUGUGAUCAAGUGAACAGUUAUAUUUAUUUAUUAUGCAAUAACCCAUAAGUAAUAAACGACAAAUAGUCGAAUGAAAAUUAAAGUUGCCUUUUGUCGUUUUAAAAUAAAUAGUGCUUUUGUGACUGAAAUUUACAGUAUAUUGGAAAGAUACAGUAUAUAACAUAUUUUGCACAAAAUGAUGCAAUUUAUGUUGUUGUUCAGCCGUCAAGGUAAGCUACGCUUGCAAAAGUGGUACGUCGCGCAUCCGGAUAAAUUGAAGAAGAAGAUUACAAGAGAACUAAUUACUACGAUACUUGCCCGGAAACCAAAAAUGUCAAGCUUUUUAGAGUGGAAAGACGUCAAAGUUGUUUACAAAAGAUAUGCAAGUUUGUAUUUUUGCUGUGCAAUAGAACAGAACGAUAAUGAAUUGCUCACUUUAGAAAUUAUACAUCGAUAUGUUGAAUUAUUGGAUAAAUACUUUGGUAGUGUAUGCGAGUUGGAUAUAAUUUUUAAUUAUGAAAAGGCAUAUUAUAUAUUGGAUGAAUUACUAGUUGGGGGAGAAAUACAGGAAACAAGUAAGAAGAAUGUAUUGAAAGCCAUUGCAGCUCAGGAUUUACUACAGGAGGAGGAGACCCCGCAAGGAUUUUUCGAAGAUCAUGGAUUAGGAUAAUAUUUUUCCAGGAGUUACUUUUUCUUUCCAAUUGGCAAGACAUUUUAUAGGAAUGUCCUAUCAUUCCAGGAAAUUGAUUGCAUUUUAUGUGUAAGCUACUAUUUUACUUAAACUAUUAAGAAUGAAUAACGCACUAAAAAUCUCUUAGUAAAUGUUAUGUAUAUAUAUGUAUAUGUAUAUGUAUAUAUAUAUAACAAAUUAUUACAAAUUUUAACAAGAAAUAUGUUAUUCUACGAUUGAUCACUUUUCAAAGAUUUAAUUAAGUUAAAGAAUAGCGUAAUAUAUGUAUUACUAAGUCACCAGUCAGUAUUUUCUAAAUUAGGUACAUUGCGUUUUUACAAGUAGCGAUGUUACAUAUCAGGUAAAGAAAGACUUGGCAAUGAAUUAUAUCAUCUAUAUUAAUUCAUUAUCAUAAUAUUUCAAGUUGUUUAUGUUUUAUCUCUCAUGCUGAUCCAAUGACUGAUGAAUUAUUUGUAAAAUGUACUUAUUGUUAGAAAUCAUUAUUAUAUUGUUUAUACGAGUAAUUAAUGAUUACAUUUAAACAGACUGCUCUGUUGGACCUUGGGUGCACAAUUACAUUUAGUUAGACCGUGUAAACGUGUAUAUAAAUAUAAUAUUCAAGUUAUACAGAUUUUUUGUUUAUUCAACUAUUUAGUAUUAUACUGUUGCUGAUCGCAGAAACGAAUUUAUAUCUAAAGCCAUUGUUAACGAUUUUCAUAGCAGUAAAUAACAGUUAGACUUUCAGAUAUUUUCCAUUUGUAUACUCCAUAAAAUGUAUAUUCCAAGUAUACAUCACAUUGUCUCGUUAAGUCAUGUUAUAAUAUUCUCGUUGAAUUUUUCAUAUCGUUAAUCUAUUUGACGAACAAGAGAAAAGAAAAUAAUAUUGAAUUCUCUAACGUAUUGAAGCUAAUUAUUCGUAAGGCAUAGCACAAAUAUGGGUAUUACACACAAAGAUUGCUUCUAAUUAAAAUGUUUAAGGUACAGGUAGCUUCUGCCCCCUUAUCGACAUUUCUUCAAAACGAAAAUGUCUCUUUUGACUAAAUUUCUUGAAAUUAAACAGAUUUAUACUAUAUUACACACUUGUUAUUAAGAUUGCCGAUGAGAGAAAUGAAUAAUCAGAAGCAGAAGACGUGUUUGUUAUACAAAAGGGAAAGGAUAAGGAUGAAUUCAAUUGUUAAAGUGGGAUCUAUCUGUAUGCUGAAGAUAUCUUUCAAUUUAAUAAUGACAAUAAAUAUACAUAUAUUUAUACGCACGAAUAAACACUAAUAGGCGCGCGCGCGUACACACAUAUACAAAAUUAACACACAAAUAUAAAUAUAUUCAAAUAUUAUCUGACAGAAUUCGUAUAAAAGAUUAAAUGAUAUUUAUCAGGGGUCCGAUUUUUUUCAUCAAACGCUGUUGAUUAUAACGUAGAACUACGUAACUUAUAGGAGUACGUAAAAAAGGUAUAUUUAUUAGAUUUAUCGCUGAAAUAAAAAGAAAUUUGAAUGAUAGUAAAGUUUGUAUAAUUGCUUCGUAGGACAUAUUUAUAAAUGUCCUAGAGCCAUUUAAUUUGUCGAAAUCUUUAGACGUCUAUCUUGUGAAAAUAUUUUCAAUUUUAUUAAUCAUACAUUUAAAAAAGAGUAAAUGAAAAAUUAAUCGCCAUUUCUACAAUAUCAAACGAGAGCAUGAUGUGAAAGUCUGAAGAAAAAUAUAAUAAUAAGAAUAGUUUACUUUUUCUUUUUUUUUGCGUAGUUUUGACUUUAUCCUAAUAUGCAGAUAUUUUUCAUUGCAAUGUAAUUAAAAAUAGGUUUUAAAAUAUUUUACGUUCUAUGUAAACUGUGUGUGUUCAACUGCUGCACACGUUUAUAGAAAAUACAUGCAAAUUGAUAGAAAAACAUUUACCAAUGUUAAGAUUAAAAUAUGUAUGUAUUUUAUGUUAAGACUGCAUUGAUUGCAAAUGAUGCUUUGUGCUCCGUCCAUAAUAAAUAAAACAAAUA